AUGCCUUCCAAGGAAAGUCGAGUCCCCGACCUCUCCCUUAAGGUCAUCGAUGAUGGCCGCCUCCAACUCUUGAACUUCGUUGGUGCUGGUUGCCAUGGAACUAUAUACCGUGCGAGGGAUCGCAAGGCUCCUUCCGGACAAUUCACAUUCUACGCCGUCAAGGUGGUUCCUAUUGCAGACCCGUUUACGCGCUAUGGCAGGCUUCAGGCCCGAGAGGUCUCCUGUCACAAGUACGUCUCGGGACACCCCAACAUCAUUAAACUGCACCGGAUAGUCCGCGAUGACGAGUUCAUAUACCUCGUCCUCGACUAUUGUCCUUCAGGCGACAUGCACAAACUGCUCAUCGAGAGGAUGACGAUUGCGAGGAACGACGUACUCAUCAGAAACCUCUUCUUGCAACUCAUCGACGCCGUGGACGCUUGCCACCAAAACGGCAUCUUCCACCGAGAUCUGAAGCCUGCGAAUAUCCUCGUGAGCGCGGACGCCACCCACCUCUAUCUCAGCGACUUUGGUCUCGCGACCAAACAGCUACACUGCACCAGUUUCGGCACAGGCACUGGAUCUUACAUGAGCCCAGAUUGCAUCAAUGCAGACGGUGUUCACCUCGCUUACAAUCCUCGCCGCGCCGACAUAUGGGCACUCGGCGUCAUCCUCAUUAACAUGGUCACUGGGCGUUAUCCCUGGGCGCGGGCCGUCCGGGAGGACCAAUUCUACGGCCAAUAUCUCGAGGACACCCAUGUGCUCCGGUACAUGCUGCCCAUCUCGCAGGGCAUGCACGACAUCCUGGCGCGCGUAUUCACCCCGUUACCUAAAGACUCUAUCGACCUCCGCACGAUGCGUCGGCUCAUAGUGGACCUUGAUACGUUCUAUAUGAGCGAAGAGGAGCUCGCCGACGCAUCCGUCAACGCCAAGCGCUGCUGGAAAUCAUACUAUCCUCUU